CACUUUCCUUAUGUAUGAGAAUUAGAAUCUGAAUCUGUCUCAUAAGACCCAAUAGAGAGAGGGAGAGGGGGAGAUUGAGAGAGACAGAGAGUGAGAAUAAUGAAAUUCAACCUGUUGAUAGUGAUCAAACUGUUGGUCAUCCAGUAUUUGUGUGUUCUGUCUGUUGCACAGAAUUUUGAUUUCUUCUAUUUGGUUCUGCAGUGGCCAGGAUCAUACUGUGACACACAGAAAGGUUGCUGCUACCCCAAAUCUGGAAAGCCAGCAGCAGAUUUUGGGAUUCAUGGUCUGUGGCCUAAUUACCAAGAUGGAUCCUACCCUUCAAAUUGUGACCCUAACAACCCUUUUGAUGAAUCUAAGGUAUCGGACCUCGAUAGCAGUCUUCGGAAAGAUUGGCCUACGCUGGCCUGUCCUAGCGGCGAUGGCCUGACGUUCUGGUCUCAUGAAUGGGAUAAGCAUGGAACUUGCUCUGAGUCUGUUCUUGAUCAACAUGGAUACUUCGAAGCAGCUCUCUCUUUGAAAAAGCUAAUCAAUCUUCUUGAAGCUCUAGAGAAUGCAGGAAUAAGCCCGAAUGGAUCCUCGUACAGCUUGAGCGACAUUAGGGACGCGAUAAAGAAUGCAAUUGAAUUUACUCCAUGGAUAGAGUGCAACACUGAUGAAUCAGGCAACAGCCAGCUCUAUCAGGUUUACUUGUGCGUCGACAAAUCCGGGUCGAACUUGAUUGAAUGUCCAGUGUUUCCUCAUGGAAAAUGUGGGUCGAAGAUCGAGUUCCCUAAGUUUUAAAUUUGAACUAGAGCAUUUUCAUUUCCUAUUUUCCUUGUAUCGGUUGUUCUAGAUCUUAUUGAUGUAGAGGAUGUAUUGAAUUCUUCUCAAAAAAAUGUGUACUUGAUUUUUGAUUAUGAAGACUGAAGGCGUUUCUCAA